CAGGGCGCGGAGAGCUUGGAGCUGGAGAGGGAUCUGACCGCCUGACUGACUGAGAGUGAGAGUUCGGGUGAAUAUAAGCCCAAUCUACUCGACCACAGCUUGUAUGGGCUGAAGUCUUUGGUGGAACCACUGGGCUCAGAAAAAGAACAGAAUGCCAUGACCUUGUAAAGCUAGUUCCUAUCUGAGUUGCUGGAUAAACAACAGAGUGACACUCCUAAUCUACAUCAGGGAAAGGAAACAAUGCCUUCAAGAAGGAAAGCAACUGGUCGCAAAAAGAAUGCCCUGGAAUUAAAGAAAUAUGAAAAGCUUCAAGCCUUCCUGAAGGAUUUUGACAUUGAAGUUGAACGCCGGAAGAGGGAGAUGGAAAAAGCAAUGAACAAUCUUCUCAUCACAGUAGAUGCCUAUUACAGUCGUGCAAUUAUGAAACUCCCACUGGCUGUUAGACAAAUGGAUUUCCUUGACUACCUUGCCAUGGGUGGAAGCGCAAAGGCCGUGGCUGAAGUUGAACAGAAACGAAUUGAUGCUGCCUGUUUGGAAAUUGAAGCCAUAGAAUCUGAAAUCUUGAAAGAUGCUGCACUGUUAAAGAUAACUAAGAAACGUAAAAUCAAGGCAAGGAAUGAUGGUGAUGGAGUUGUAAGUGAGGAUGAAAAUCUUGCUCCUUCGACCAAAAUGUUCCGAAAGAGUAAAAAAACUGUAACCCUGUCAGUUAAAAGUAGGCCUCCAUCAGCAUGUGCCACAAGUACUCGGACUAGAAGGAACAGCCGAACGAAGGGCCUACAUUCUACAAGCAACAGUGAUAUAUGGGGACCCACACCACUGAUAACACCUAAAUUUGAUUCAAGACUGCCAAAGACGACAACGCGCUUACGAAAAGUGGGGGAGCGUGUAUAUAGUUUUUCUGGAAGCCCACUGGCUGAACCCAAAGAAAUGACCAUCAAUAUUCCAACUCAGGAUGGACAGAAUAUUCAACUUCUGGCCAGCAAAAUAAACAAUACAGAUUUUACUCAACUGGAUGACAGGACAUUUAAAAGUUUUGAGCAACUAUCUCGUCAGCUCAAUGAAAUAUUGAAGACACGAAGAUGAAAGCUCGGGUGCCAGCCUUUCUUACUGGUUUUAAGUAGUAUACCAUUUACAUUGUACUUGGAUAGUGAUUAAAGCUCUUUUUUUUUUUUGUUAAAACUGUAUUUGUUAAUAAAUACUCCUUUUUUAUAUAAUCAGAAACUGCCCACUACUGGUUCCACUACUGUGCAAAGAAACUGUUUUUGUGUCUCUGAAUUUCAAGCCAUAUCUAUGUUCUGGCUGGUUCAUGUGUUCACUAUGGUGCAAAGCUUUGUCUAAAUUCACAACAAUUAAGGAUUCAAUAUAUAUUAUUCUAAAUGCCAGAAUUCAUUGUCCAUGCCUCAUUUAGAAAGAUGAUUGUGGGAAUUUUCCCAAACCACCAAUCCAAGCAGUGAAGGUACUUAGUAGUUUGAUCUUUUUUGCUUUCUUUCUAGGCCACUUUUCUGAACAGUUUAGAAUAUGCUGCACUU